AUGCUUGAUAAUUGGUACAUUUCACACACUAAUUAAUAGUGAUUCCAUCCGAAAAGGCUUGUUAUACAACUCAGCCAUGGGAGAACACAUAGAGGAUGAAGUUGUAGCAUCUUUCGAACAGAAAAGGGGAAUCAAUUAUCAACAUGAAUACAUGAGACUCUACAUAGCAAAUGUAGUUUUGACUCAAUAACUGAAAGAGCUACUAUAGGAGAAAGGGGAUUUGAUUUCCAAAAUAAAUAGAUUAGAAGUAUCACACAGCCAAUAAUAUUUAGGAGACAGAAAUUUGCAAGACUAAUUCAAGGAAAUAGGACUAUGAAGAUUCGAAGAAAAUAGAACAACCAAGCAAAAAACAAAUAGGUACCUCAACUAUAAUUAUCAUUAGUGCAGAGGGUUCAACUAAAUAUAAUGAUGAAAAUGUUGUACACAAUCAUCAAUAUUAAACUCGAAAAUUAAUUAAAAAAAAUUGAAAUUUUAAACAUGUUUA